GUGUUUACAUAUUUUAAUAAAUUACAUAUCAACAAUAAUUAAGAAACCUGAAUAAUUGUUAACCUAAUAGCAAUGACGUAGAUUCUAACUGAUUUAAAUUUCUGAUUAGUUAUGAUUUGCGUCUAAGAUUAUCAGAGACCAUAGGUCAAUUUAUGAAUAAUGAAAAAUUGUUCGCAGUGUUUAAAGAAGAGAAGCCCAAAUGGCUGAGAAAGGAGCAUAUUUAACUGGAACUGCGUUUACAAAGCCUUCCAUUUUUGAAAUUAUAGCACAAGAAUCAUUUGCAUCUACUGUUGAACCAGCUUUUAAGAAGAUUCUAUCGUUUAUUGUAUCAUUUAACCAUGGGAGGUACGAACAUGUUCUUAAAUGGGCUGAUGAAUGUUACUUGAUUUUUAAUGUAAUUCUUCAAAGAUAUUAUUUAAAAAAACAUUCUGCUUCCUUUUCUGAAGCGUUCUAUAGUUUAAAACGUAUAGAUAUAGAAAAUUCUUCAAUUCAACGUGAAUUAUCAAAACAGCAGAAGGGGCUAUCUUUAAUAUUAUUAGUUCUAUUUCCUUACUUAAAAAAUAAGUUUUUUCAAUUAAGUCAAAGGUAUAAACUUGAGGAAAUAGAUGGUUAUAUACCACAGACGAAAUGGGAAAAGCUAUAUCGUAUUUUUAUUGUCAAAGGAUAUACAGUAACUUUCAUGUUAUACGAAUUCAUGGUACUAUAUAAUUAUGUACUUUACAUUUCUGGGAAAUCAGUGUUUACUUCACCACUUUUAAGACUGUUAUCUAUUUCUUUGACAUAUGCAAAACCAAAGAUGGUAAUCAGUGUUUCUGAUUUGUUAAGAAAAAUAAAAAAUAAUUCCUUUGGUAUCAGCGAUGGUUUAGAUAUAUUUCAAAGAGUGGUGACUACGUCCCUCGAAUUUGGAGCAUUCUUCCUUCAAUUUUUAUCCUGGUGGAAUCAAGAACAUUACUUUACAAAUUUAAUGUCACUACCUGUUCCACCACCUCCAGUGAUUCCAGAAAUAGCAAAGAAAUAUAAAGGCAUGUGUCCGAUCUGUUGUAAGACACCCAGGGUGCACACGGUACUUUCAGUAUCUGGGUAUGCAUUUUGUUACCAAUGUAUUCUUUCUGUGAUACGCAAAAGUGGCAAAUGUCCAGUAACAAACUACCCUGCUAAGGAAGACGAUUUAAUACGUUUGUAUUUAGAUUAAAUAGCAAUGGAUAUUACAUGUAAAUAAAGAAUAUUAUUGUUUUCAAA